AUCUCACUACUUAAAAUAUUCUGCAUCUCUCAAAACACUGUUAAAACCCUAAAAUUUUAUAUGUCUCCCUUUUUUCCCCCUUUCAGUUUUCUCACGCAUUUAUUUGGUGAACUGAAACAAACAAGAAAAUAGUUUUUCUUUCUUCAAGCGUUUCGACCUUCUCUCUCUCAAAAUUUCAGUUGCUUUUGUUGAAAGGUUGAAGAGAUCUCUACUUAAAGUUCUCAGUUUGGCGAAGAUCGAUCGAGUUGAUGUCAGGCCUUGAUUUCAUUCUCAAAGGGAGGUUGGUACUGUAAUCAUUGAGAGACAGAUAUUUAUGGCUACGAUUGCCGACAUAGGGCUCUCUGCAGCUAUAAAUAUACUAACAGCCUUCGCUUUCUUCGUGGCAUUUGCAAUACUAAGACUCCAGCCAUUCAAUGACAGAGUUUACUUCCCAAAAUGGUAUCUUAAAGGUGUAAGGAGCAGUCCAACAAGCUCUGGAACAGUAGUGACAAAGUUUAUUAAUUUAAACUUCAGGUCAUAUCUGAGAUUUCUGGAAUGGAUGCCAGCUGCCCUCAAAAUGCCUGAAUCUGAGCUCAUUGACCAUGCAGGGCUAGAUUCUGGUGUUUAUUUGAGGAUAUACUUGAUUGGACUUAAAAUAUUUGUGCCUAUCGCGAUAGCGGCAUUUGCAGUGCUGGUACCAGUCAAUUGGACAAACGACACUCUAGAGAAAUCAUCAAUAGUAUAUAGUGACAUAGACAAGCUUUCCAUAUCAAACAUCAAAAUUGGAUCCCAGAGGUUUUGGGCUCAUAUACUGAUGGCAUAUGCCUUUUCAUUUUGGACUUGCCGUGUUCUACUUAAAGAGUAUGAGAUAGUUGCAUCAAUGAGAUUGCAUUUUCUUGCUACAGAAAAACGCCGUCCAGAUCAGUUUACUGUGAUUGUAAGAAACGUACCACCAGAUCCAGAUGAAUCUAUUAGCGAGCUUGUUGAGCACUUUUUCCUUGUCAAUCAUCGGGACAACUACCUAACACAUCAGGUUGUAUAUGACACAAACAAACUUGCUAAGCUUGUCAAUGAGAAGAAACAGAUGCAAAAUUGGCUGGACUACUAUCAACUAAAGUAUGAAAGAAAUCCAUUGAAAAGGCCAAGUGGAAAGACUGGUUUUCUAGGGCUGUUUGGAAAGAAAGUAGAUGCAAUUGACUUUUACAUGUCAGAGAUUGAAAAGUUAUCUAAAAAAGAGGCAGCAGAAUGUGAAAGAAUUAAGAACACCCCAAAGUCUAUUAUGCCAGCAGCAUUUGUUUCAUUUCGGACACGAUGGGGGGCAGCAAUCUGUGCUCAGACACAACAAACAAGAGAUCCAACAAUGUGGUUGACUGAUAGGGCUCCAGAGCCACGAGAUAUAUAUUGGAACAACCUGGCAAUUCCAUUUGUUUCUCUCACAGUUAGAAGGUUGAUUGUAGCUGUGGCAUUCUUCUUUCUCACCUUCUUCUUCAUGAUUCCAAUAUUGUUUGUACAGUCACUUGCCAAUAUUGAAGGGAUUGAGAAGGCUCUUCCAUUUCUAAAGAAAGUAUUAGAAGUGCCAGUCAUCAAGUCCUUCAUCCAAGGUUUUCUUCCUGGCAUUGCUUUGAAGAUUUUUCUUGUCUUCUUGCCUACAAUAUUGAUGCUCAUGUCAAAGUUCGAAGGGUUCAUCUCCUUAUCAGCUCUUGAGAGAAGAGCUGCAGGGAAAUAUUACAUUUUCAUACUUGUUAACGUUUUCCUGGGGAGCAUAAUAACUGGAGCUGCUUUUGAACAACUAAACACCUUUAUUCACCAAUCGGCAACUGAAAUACCAAGAACUGUAGGCACUGCAAUUCCUAUGAAAGCAACUUUUUUUAUAACCUAUAUCAUGCUUGAUGGUUGGGCUGGAAUUGCUGGGGAGAUUUUAAGGUUGAAACCUUUGAUAGUCUAUCACUUGAAGAAUUUUUUCUUGGUGAAGACUGAAAAAGAUAGGGAUGAGGCAAUGGAUCCAGGAAGCAUUGGGUUUGAUUCAAAUGAACCUCAAAUACAACUAUAUUUCCUACUCGGUCUUGUCUAUGCUGUGGUCACACCCUUCUUACUUCCCUUUGUAAUUGUAUUCUUUGGCCUGGCAUAUGUUGUAUAUCGCCAUCAGAUCAUAAACGUCUACAAUCAAGAAUAUGAGAGCGCAGCAGCAUUCUGGCCAGCCGUACAUGGACGAAUAAUCACUGCAUUAGUUAUAGCACAGUUGCUGUUGUUUGGGUUGCUAAGUACAAAAGCAGCUGCUCAGUCAACACCUUUCCUCGUCGUUCUAAUCGCUCUUCCAGUUUUUACCUUUUCCUUUCAUAGGUAUUGCAAAAACCGCUAUGAACCUGCAUUUGUGAAAUGUCCAUUACAGGAAGCGAUGAUGGCAGACACGCUGGAACAAGCCAGAGAGCCAAAUUUUGACUUGAAAGGUUAUCUCUUGAAUGCGUAUAUCCACCCAAUGUUCAAAGCUGGAGAAGACGACGACACUUUUUCUAUUGAUGAUGACCGAGAGUUUGAUACUGUACUUGUACCUACCAAGCGACAAUCUCGAAAGAACACACCAGUACCUAGUAAACAUAAUGGCUCUUCUUCGCCUUCCCUCAACGAUACUAUUCAAGAACAUCAGUUUUUUAUGAAUUGAGAACUCGAGGUUGUACAUUAGAGGGAUGUAUUUGUGUAAAUUUAUAUUUCUUGCAGAAGUCAAGGCUGUUGCAGUAGUUGGUGUAUGCUCACACGUUGACCAGUUCAGUUUUCGAUGAGUGUGUAGACUGUA